CGAGCGUAAAAGCCCUAGGGCUAGUAGCACUGGUAAUAUGCCUGAUAUAUAUAGUCUACCCAUCUAUCGAAGUCGGUCUGUUAUGAUAUAAACCAAGGAUCAAUCGAAACGGAUUAAUCACUUCGUCUCCCCAAAUUCUACAUGCCAAUCAACCCUGAUUAGAUUAAUAAAAGGAAAACCAAUUUAAACAUGUCGAAUAUAUCAUCAUCCUCAUCACCGGUAGCUAUGAAAGACGUGGUACACAAGCUACAACUAUGUCUGUUAGAAGGUAUCAAAUCUGAAACCCAGUUAUUCGUAGCUGGAUCUUUGCUCUCUAAGUCGGAUUAUCACGACGUUGUCACCGAAAGAUCAAUUGCUCAAAUGUGUGGUUACCCGCUUUGCCCCAACUCAUUACCCUCUCCGGGAGAAGCUGCAGUUAAGGGCAGAUAUCAUAUUUCUCUGAAAGAGCACAAAGUUUACGACCUUUUAGAAAUGCGUAUGUAUUGUUCGACAAAAUGCGUAGUUGACAGCCGGGCAUAUGCUGAAAGUUUGCAGGAUGAACGGUCCUUGGUUAUUGAUACAGCGAAAAUCAAUAAGGUGGUGAGGCUGUUUGACGGUUUGAGUGUGAAGGCUGAAGAGGGUUUGGAGGACAGUGGUGAUUUUGGAUUACGUAACUUGUCAAUUAAGGAGAAGGAAGAUGGAGCUGUUGGUGGCGGAAUCGUGUCUUUGGAGGAAUGGAUUGGCCCUUCAAAUGCAAUCGAGGGUUAUAUUCCACAACAUGAACGCAGUUCAAAAAAUAAACCGGGGAGGCCAAAAAGGGAAGAAGAGAGCAUCUUUGGCGAGAUGGAUUUCAUGAGUACCAUAAUUACUCAAGGUGAUGGAUAUAGCAUAUCUAAAGGAAAAGAAGCUGAAACAAAAACUAGUAGUAGUAGUAGAAAGAAAAUGAGCCAUAAUAAUAAUAAAGAUAAGAUGAAAACAUCAUCAUCAUGUAAUGUGCAAAAGAAAAAGGUAACCACAUCAAAUGAUGAAGAGAGUGAAAAUGGUAACAAGGCAAAGAUUGGUUCCUCUGAGCCAAGUUGUAGUGUCGGGGGGCUUAAAUCAUCUCUGAAAUCUUCAAGUAGGACAAAUCGGUCUGUGAGUUGGGCUGAUGAUCAAACACUGUGUGAAUUCAGUGGAAAUGAUCCUGAUCCUGAGCAUGAGCAUAAAUUCCGAGUUGCAUCAGCAGAAGCCUGUGCUGCAGCACUCAGCCAAGCUGCAGAAGCCGUUGCUUCCGGGGAAUCUGAUGCUCCUGAUGCUGUUUCUGAAGCUGGAAUUGUAAUCCUGCCACCUCCUGGUGAUGGUGCAGAAGCAGAAGCUGAAGCAGAACCAGCCCGAUUGAAAUGGCCCAAAAAAACCGGUAUCACAGAAUCCGACUUCUUCGAUUCCUUUGAGGAUUCUUGGUUUGAUGCUCCACCAGAGGAAUUUGUCCUAGAUCUAUCGCCAUUUGCAAGAAUGUUCAUGUCGUUGUUUGCAUGGGUUUCCUCAUCUACUUUGGCGUAUGUAUAUGGAGGCUGUCUUUCUCGAGCUUUACCUGGACUUGUUCAUCAUCUCAGACUUCCCACUCCCGUUUCUACUAUUGAAUCCAUGAUGGGUUGUUUACUCGACACCAUGUCUUUUAUUGAUGCACUUCCACCUCUCAGAAUGAAACAAUGGCAGGUGUUUGUUCUUUUGUUUGUUGAUGCUCUUUCUGUCUCCCGGAUUCCUGCCAUGACCCCACACUUGGCAAAUAAAAGAAGGUUCUUUCAAAAGGUGUUUGAUGAUGCUCAGAUAAGUAGCGAGGAAUAUGAGCUGUUAAAGGAUUUGAUCAUUCCGCUAGGACGAGCCCCUCAAUUGGCUACACAAAGCGGAGGCUAAUUCUUCCUUUCCUUUCUGUUGAUGAUAUGUUUCUCAUCCAAGUUUUCUUUCUCUUCAAGCAUGUGUUUGUUUGAUGAUAUGCUCAAAUCACUAAUAUGCUCAAAUUUUAUUUACAUGUUUUUACAUAUGUAGUCAUCAAAAAUCGUAAACAUCACCGCUAUUAAUUCAAAGCUUAAAUUGAAUGAACAAGCAAAACAUGUUAUGUCUUUUAAGUUGCUUUUGUAUUCCGAAUUGAAGCUUUCACUGCUCGAUCUUCUUAUGCCUUCCUUUCACUUUCAC